GUAAACAAAGAACUCUCUAGAACUGGAGUAUGGAAAAUCCGCAGUAUCCAAUAAACAACAUGGCGUCAACGUGGUUGGAAAAAUUGAAAGAGGCACAGAAAACGUGCUUAGUUCAAGAUGGCAGAAGGAAGAUACAUUUCACAUUUAAAGAUGGGGCAGAGAUGACAGAGGAGUAUGACCUUCAGACCAGUGAGCUCGUCGUUCGUCGCUGGCGUCGGCAAGGGCAGCUGGGCGGGGCAGGCAAGUGGGAGACGGAGGUGGGAGAGGAAGUUGUGCCGCGGAGGAUGGAGAUGGAGGGCAUGGUGGAGAGUAGCAGCAAUCCCAUUUUCACCAGGAAAGACAUCAAGAGCAAGUUCCAGUGGCGAGUGAGGAACCUGCCCUACCCUAUCGAGAUAUACAGCGCCAGUCUAGAUGAGUCCUCCACACAGGUCAUCAUCAGAACCUCAAACAAAAAAUACUACAAGAAGUUUACCAUUCCUGACAUGGAGCGUCUGGGACUGAAGCUGUCAGCUGAUCAGAUCCACUUGGCUCAUGCCAAUAACACACUUAUAAUAUCAUAUCAGAAACCCAAGGAGAUACUGGAUAUAGAGAAACAGCUGCAGGAAGAGUUCAAGAAGAUGAAGGCGACCAGUGAUGGAGACAUGGACUGCCGGCCCAGCUGAUGGACAAGCUCUGCCAGUGACUUCUUUGAGGCAUGGAGCCCAUGUGUACGAGGGUCCAUCAGCUAGGCUGGCAGUCCAUGGGCCCGUUCCUCAAAGCGAUCUUAGCGCUACAACUAUCGUAAGCCUACGUUGAAGUAUGGGAGUUACGAUCAUCUUAGCACUAAGAUUGCCCGCCUAGCUGAUGGACGCUGGUACACACAGCACAGCAAGCUCUGGCAGUGGCUUUAUGGGGAUCUGAGUAAUGUGAACAAUGAUGCAUGAUGUUGGGAUGUUUUUCGGAAAAGGACGUAACUCUUACAAAAUUAUAGAAUAUCUGUUCUGUUUGGGUUUCAUUGUUUUCUCUUUUGUUAACAUUUGGAAGUAUUUGUAAAGCAUCGCGUGUCUAGAUGUCGUGAUGAUAUAUGAAGCUUGUAUAACUGCCAAAAUAUUAAGUCUUUGAAAGGCAUUUAGAAGUGAUAUACAAUAGGAAGAGAAUAUUAUGGAUGCCAAUUUCUGGUGUCCCCUUCUGUGAUAUUGCUGGAAUAUUGCUAAAAGCAGUCUAAAGCCACAUUCACUCACUCACUCACUUAAUAACUAGGUAUUGUCAACUGACAAUGGUCCAAAUGUUGUAUUAGAUGCAGCUCCACUAAAUCCAAUGUCAGUUCAAUUCACAGAUCACCAAUAUGGAGGAAGCAUAUGAGACUGCACACUAUUACCAGUAUAUGAUACUGAUACGUAUUGCAGUAUUUGUUAAUGUGUUCCGGUAUAUUGGGUAAAAAAAUAUGUAAUAAAGUUAUAAUAUUUGUAUCGUUUAACCUAAAAUCUACCCAGAAAUUCAUUCACAAAAUAUGUUUUCCUUUGAUUGUCAAAAUGUCUGAAAUGAUUUUUCUCACAUGUCGUUAUCUCCCCUGUAUCCAUGACUUCAAAAUGGUGGCCACUGACCUUAUUUACUUAGUAUGUAAAAAAUAGCAUCUGCGUGUAUACUACUCAAAAGAAGUUAAGGAUCACCCGAUUCUUUCAUAUUGGUAAUGUUAAUCUGUCAUGGCAUGAGAGAUUAACUAUUGUAAUAUGAAAGAAUCAGGUGAUCCUUAACUUCUUUUGAGUAGUAUGCAAUCAGUGUCAAUCACUGUUGAACACUUGAGCUCCAAGUAUAUUUCAAUAUGUAUUGCUAUACAGAUACCUGUAUCGCAAUAUAUUGCAAUACAAUUAUACUGCCAAUACACAGCCUUAGCAGAUCACAAACACAUGGUCAUUGAUAAUGGCACUGUAUGACUAAACAGACUGGAUAUAGUUACUGUUAGGAGUUAAUGUCUGUUGUGUUUGGUAGAGUGGAUAGUAUGUCUCCUCACGUGUUUGAGAGACAUGAACAUUACACUUGUCAGCAUUGUUAAAAGCAAUAAUUUAUGUUUGCAUUUCAUGGUGAACCAAACGAGUUUAUGGAAUAAACUUUGUAUUUUUUUCA